ACCCCCCCUGCGAGUGGUGGGAGCUGCAGAGCCGCCUCAGGCGGCGCGGGCUGUCGCGGGGAAGCAGCUGCCGCCCCCAGAGGCGGAUGAUGCCGCUGCCACCGCCGCCGCCUCUCCUCCGCGUGCAGCAGCGCGAGAAGCCUUGGCGGCCCCGCUUCCGCUGCGGCGGCUCCUCUCCCCGGCGGGUCCCUGUGGCAGCCGCCCCCUCCCCCUCCCCCCCCCGCGCGGCCCCGCCGGCUGCGGCCGCCAACUGCCGCCUCGUGCAAGAGGGCAGCCGCCGCCGCCGCGUUUCCUUCCUGUGGCGGAGACUUCCCCUCCCGGGCGGACUCCGGCUCUGCUGCUCCUGCGGGCUGGCGGGCGGCAGGGGCCUGAGGGACUACUGGCACCUGGAGCUUGCCCGCGGGGCUUCCUGCUGGCCACGCCGGCCAGGCCAGAUCUCUCCGCCGGGGUGUUGCCUUGAGUUGAAGGCGGAAGGGCUGCAGCGAAGCAGGAGUCCUAACAUUCCGCCCAGAGAGCCGCGGCGGCUGCCCUUUGUCUUCCGCGAGGGCCCUGUCAAAAAAGUGCUGCUCAGCUCGGAGGAUGGAAAACCUUCUGAAGGAUGAAACUGUUUAGCAGGCAGAAGCGCAGGCCCUGCGGAAGGAGAGCCGGCAGGGCCUCUGCAAAGGCAUAUCUUGUUGCACCAGCCCUUCGGAGUUCUUUGAGCGGGUUAACUACAGCAUGGUACCGUUUAUUAGUGUAUGGGGUUGAGUUUUGAAUGAAACCCCUUUACCUUAGAGGGGCAUGGGAGUGCCUCUUUAGUUAAGGCCAGGAAAGAAGGAAGCGGGCAGCUCUGGAACCCAGGGCCUCGUGUGUAUUUUUCACAUGGGGCGUUUGAAAAGAUGAGUGAGCAGGAGACUACCUCUGUUACUUGCCAUCUGGAAUGGGCUCGGAACUUGAAGACAUUGGGAGAACCUGUGCUGCAUAUUCUUGGCCUCUAGGCUUUCUCCACUCGGAUCCUGCCUUGAGCUCCAGAGGGUGAACUCCGGUCCUUCUGACUCUGAAGUUGCACGGCAGCUCUUGGUUUUGCUUCUGCAGAGGAACACCUCUUUGGGGAGCAGACCUUCUCCCAGUGCCAAAAUAGGGUCUCCUGGAGCCUCGCGCUUUGAGCAGCAGCAGGACUCUAACCAGUGGGCUAGAAACCCAAAGGCAAGGAGGAUGACUGACUCACGGGUGAAAAGGCUGGCGAUGACUCUGAUGGAUGCCACGACAGAUAAGGAUCCGCUGGUCCACGAGCAGAUCUUCAGUGCUCUGUGCUACUUGGGAGCGGCAGAGCCGGAAGAGAUCCUGAAUGCCUGUGAGGAAUAUCUCCGGCACCAUGACAAGCUGGCUUACCCGCACCGGAUCAUUAUCCUGAGAGCCAUGGAAGCAGUGGUGAAGAGCAGCCUCCCUCACCUUGACAAGAGCACAGCAAAGAUUGCCAUCUUCUUGGCAUCCAAUGAAAUGACCAAAUCGAAGGACCUCAUCUUGGAGUGGCAGCAGGCUGCCAGCAACGUCCUGGUGGCCGUCGGCAGGCGCUUCAUCAACAAGGUGAUGGAGGAGGUGCUGACCAAAUUCCAGCCGGGAGUCCUGCCUCACUACUUCAUCGUGCAGACCUUUGCCAACCUCUCCCUGGCCAAUGUGUUUGGUAUGGUGCCUUUCCUCAACUCAAUCCUGGGGACGAUGCUGCCCAUGCUGGGGAUGGCUAAGCAGGAGAACAUGAAGGCUGCCUUUUGCUACGCGCUGCAGUCCUUCAGUGAAAGCAUCCAGGAGUACUUGGCGAACUUGGACAAGGCCCCGGACCCAACCGUGAGGCGCGACACUUUCUCCAGCGAGAUCUCCAGCGCUUACGAAGUGCUCUUCAACAGCUGGCUGCAGAGCCGGGAGGCCAAGCUGAGGGUGGCGGUGGUGGAGGCUCUGGGCCCCAUGAGCCACCUGAUGCCCAGCGAGAAGCUGGAGGAGCAGCUCCCGCGCCUCCUCCCAGGCCUCCUGGCUCUCUACAGGAGGCCUUCGGAGGCCUACUACGUGUCGAAGAGUCUGUGCCAGAUCCUGGAAGCCUCUGUGGACGUUGGGAGCCGCUCCCUGGACACGCAGCUGGACGCCCUCCUCAGCGCUCUGCAGCUGCAGAUCUGCACCCCGCUGGAUUCCUCCAUGUCAGUCCAGUUGAAGAACCACAACGAGGUCCUUCGAUGCUUCACUGUGCUGGCGUCUUCGUUUCCUGACCGUCUGCUGGGAUUUCUGCUCCCCAAGCUGGAGUCGGGCAGUGAGAGGGCGCGGGUGGGAACUCUCACCAUCUUGCGACAGGUCAUCAACAGUGCCUCCUCCCAGAUGGAGAUCAAGAAGCCCUUCAUCCUCUCGGCCAUGAAGCUGCCUCUGCAGGACAACAGCAAUAAGGUGAAGCGGGCCGUGGUUCAGCUGAUCAGCGCAAUGGCCCACCAUGGCUACCUGGAGCAGGCCGGUGGAGAAGCCUUGGUCGAGUUCCUCAUCCGCCAGUGUGCCCUUCCUGGCGACCAGUCCUCUCAGCUACCCCGGAGGCAUUCCUUGGAAACGGAGGACUUGACAGACAGCCACGUCCGAGACAUCAGCGUGAACACGCUCUUCCUCCUCAGCACGACCGUGGACAGGAUGGAUGACGUUCUUUGGCCUUUCCUCCUGGAGUUUGUGAUCCCCGUGCACUUGAGCAAUGCCCUGGCCCCGCUCUGCAAGAGCCUCGUCUAUCUGGCAGCUAAGAAGCAAGAGGAGGGCGAGGAGGACUUGCGGCUCCACUACGAGGCCAACGGAAGCCUCCCGUCUGCUUAUGCUCUCCUGGGAAGGCUGCUGGUUGCCACUUCCCAGCCUUACAGGGGGGGAGGCCAAGGGGCCGCCGCUCUGCGUCUCCUUGGCGUCUUGCACCUCAGCAUCCACAAGACCCUCGAGCCCCUGUGGAGCAAGAAGAUUCCAGCCUUGGUGGAGCAUCUGGAAGCAAACACCCAGGCGACCCUGUCCCAGGCGGCGUGGGAGGACCAGCUGCUCAAGUUCCUUCAAGAGACCCUGAUGACGAUUUCAGAUGCAACUUGGACGUGUCAGCUGACUCUAGAAAUGUGCAGGCAGCUCAGCAGCUACAACGGGUCCUCCUCAGAGAAGAACUUCCUCUACAAAAGCAUCGGCACCAGCUUGGCGGCUUGUGCCAACAAGGAUCUUGUUCGGAAGCAGCUUCAGGACCUCUUGGAAACGGCCAGAUACCAUGAGGAGGCAGAGAGGGAGGGUCUUGCCUCCUGUUUGGGGCUGUGUGCCGUCAACUACCUGGAUGAGACCCUGGCCAAGCUGGAGGAGUUUGUGAAGUCGGAUGUCUUCAGGAAGUCUGCAGGGCUCUUCAGCAUCUUCAAGGAUCGCAGCGACCAUGAGGUGGAGAAGGUCAAGAGCGCCCUCAUCUUGUGCUACGGCUACGUGGCCAGGCAUGCUCCCCAAGAGCUGGUGCUGGCCCGGGUGGACGCCGACAUUCUCCGCAACAUCUUCCUGUACUUCAACACCAAGGUUCUGGGAAUAAAGGUAGAAACCAAGGACCUCACGCUGAAGCUGUGUCUGGUCCGGAGCAUCUGCAUGAUCUGCCAGGCCGUCUCUCACAGUGCCCAGGCCGGGGACUUCAGCUUCUCACGCAAGGCUGAGCUGGUUUCCCAGAUGCUGGAUUUCAUCAAGGCAGAGCCUCUGGACUCCUUGCGCACUCCCGUCCGCCAGAGAGUCAUGGCUGCCUGCAUGUACCUGGUCCUCCUGGAGCCGCCCCUGAGUGAGGCGGGCCGGGCGGAGCUGGUCAAGACCUGCCUGCACAGCGUGCUGGGCCUCCCCUCGCCGGAAGGCCCCGGGCUGGAGGCCGGGCAGAAAGAGCCCCUCUGGCAGGACACCCUGGAUGCCCUCAAGGACCUGCUGAAGAGCCUCCUCCAGAGGCGCAUGACCCCCCCGGGGCUGCAGGCCCUGUUUGAGCACCUGGGCCCCUGGAUCCGGUCCACCAAGGAGCACGAGCGGGAGCGAGCCCUGGAGGUCAGUGCCGCCGUGCUGGCCUUCUAUCAGGAGAAGCUGAAUGUCAGCGCCGUGGUCCCCUUCUCCACCCUGGGGCUGCUGAUGGCGCUCUUCUGCCCCCGCUGCACCGACUCCCUGGCCUGGGUCCGCCAGCACGCGGUCGACUGCGUCUACUCCCUGCUCUACAUCCAGCUGUGCUACGAAGGCUUUUCUCGGGAUCACAGAGAUGAGUCGGUGGAGAAGUUGAAAGCCCUGAAGCUGGCCCUGCGGGAUCCCAGCGUGGACACUCUCUUCCAGGCCUGCUGCAACAUUGCCAAGGUCAUUGCCAAGCGCCUGCCCCCUGACCAGCUGCUGAGCCUCCUCCUCGCCAUGCUGGAGGGGCUGGCCGAUCCCGACAGCAACUGUUCGCGAGCAGCUGCCGUGAUGAUCAACUCCCUCCUGAAGGAGCGAGGGGGCGUCCUGCUGGAGAAGGUGCCUGAGAUCCUGGUGGCAGUGCAUGCCCAGCUGCAGGAGGGGGCCGAGGGGCACGUCCAGAGGGCUGCCCAGCAGACGGUCUACAUCCUGGCCUCGCAGCACAAGGCAGCCGUCGUCUCCAGCCUCCUGAGCCACCCGCUGCCCUCGGACAGCUCCACGGGCACCAUGUGGCAGGCGCUGGCCCGGGAGCCCAUCUUGGCUGGGCAGGUCUUGGAGCUGCUGCUGGAGAAGGUGAACCGGGACGUCCCCUACAAGGAGAACAAGUCCUUCCUGCGGGGGAGCAGCACGGAGCGCGUGGCCACUUUCCUGCCCCUCUCGGCCACAUGUGCUUUGCAUGAGAUCAUGUCUGUCCCGGAGUCUGGGCCGGCCGUCGUGGGCCUCUACGCGCAGCUGUUUGUGGCUCUCCUGCUCCGGGUCAGCUGCACGGUGGGUGUCCAGCUCCCCAAGAACAUGCAGUCCAAGGAGAGGAAGAGUGUCGGCCGUGGGCAGCCCCCCCGGACCCUCGACCCCUGCAGCUCUGCAGUGGAGACGCUGAAGGCCAUGCUGACCCAGGGGGGCAGCCAAGAGGUGACCCGAGCGCUGGCCGAGGCAGGCGGCUGGGACCUGCUGAGAAGCACCGAGAAGCACCCCGAGGGGGUGGCCCUCCUGGCCAGGGCCAUGGCGCAGCAUGCGGGGCCCCGACUGCCGCCCAUCGUGAAGAGCCUGGCUCCGAUGUUCAACAGCAUCUACGACAGCCAGCGGGUCACCACCACGGCCUUCUUUGCCGAGCUCCUCAACAGCAACGUGGUCAAUGACCUGGUCCUCCUGGAAUCCAUCAUGGACAGCAUGACUGCUCGGCAGAGAGACCCUUGCCUGCCUGUGCGCAUGCUGGCCCUCCGUGGCUUGGGCAACAUGGCCUCGGGCUCCCCAGAGAAGGUGAGGCAGCAUGGGGCUCAGCUCUUGGCCUCCAUGAUCAACGGCAUGGACGACAAAGAUGACCCCCACAACCUGGUUGCCCUGGAAGCCAUGUCCGGCCUCUCCAAGCUGCUGGCCUUCACGGAUGAGCGGGACCUCCGCUCCAUGCUGCUCCAUAUCGCCAUCCGCAUCCGGCCCUUCUUCGACAGCGAGAAGCCUGACCUCCGGAAGUCUUCCAUCAUCCUCUUCGGCAACCUGACCAAGUUCAGCACCGGGAGUUGCGAGGAGGCCUUCUUUGAGCAGAUCCUGAACGGGCUCGUGACGCUGCUGCUUCACCUGCAGGACCCCAAGCCGGAAGUCGUCAAGGCCUGCAAGUUUGCGCUCCGGAUGUGUGGCCCCAGCAUGGGCUGUGCCGUCCUCUGCGACAUGUUCCAAAACCACCUGCAUGAGGACCGGAGCCUCCACUAUGGCGAGUUCAUGAACGAUGUCUGCAAACACCUGAUGCAGAACUACCCGGACACACUGAACCGCUUGGUUGCCGCCAACCUCUUCUACUUCAAGAGCAGCUGGGCUGACAUCCGAGCGGCAGCCCCCAUGUUUGUAGGCUUCCUUGUCCUUCACGUUGACCAAGCGCACGGCCACCAACUGGACCUGGAUGAGCUCAUCGCUGCUCUCACUGUGCUGCUGAAGGACCCCGUGACUGCUGUGAGGGUGAAAGUGGCAGAGACCCUCGGCCGCCUGGUCACAAUUGUUUGAGGGGCUCUGUUCCUCCACCAGGCCCCACUUGACCUCUUCAGGACUCCCCGAGCGGCUGGAUUUGGCUCUCCUCUCCCCACCCCCCACCCCGGGUGCCCCAUUGGCCCUACGACGUCUUCCAGAGAAGUGCAGCCCUUCCACGUCCAGCUGAUUGCACAAGGCACCACACCCCCAAGGACAAGUCCAGGACUGGGACGGUUGGCAGUUAUGGCACCGCCUUGAACUACGUGGUUCUAUCUCUUUCCGUUUUUCCGCCACUCCAGGGCCCCGCCAGAACCCCUCUGCAGGGACUGGCUGGUCCAGGCACCAGGGCAUGAUGGCACUGCGGGAGGGCAGGGCCAGCUCCACACGCCCCACCAGCGGAAUUGUACACCCCCCUCCUUCUCCCCACCCUUUCUCUCCAGCCACCAAGCAUCGAGCACCCACUCCCGGCUGCAGUGCGCCCCCCUCAACCAGGCCUUGAGGGCUGGGCGUGGCAGGAAGGGGCCCCACCCUGCUGCUGCGGAGGGCCCUGUUCUGCCCGGAGCAGCUCUUGCACACUCUCUCCCUCCUGCUAACUGUUUGGGGACAAACUGCUCUUGCCCCUCCUAGAGCUUCCACACAUUCAUCCCUUGUUCCAGCAGGAACUUGUAAAUACAAUCAGACAACUUAUUUUUAAUAAAGCUGGUUUGUUUGCUUCUCAGAAA